UUCUCGUAUGCAAGGAAACUGAAAGCGCACAGCGGAGCGGCUGUAGUCCCCAACAUUAAAGAUGAAAGCGCUCACGUUUUAUUUGGCGCUCGUCACCCUGUAUGUGAAUACGCUCGCCCAAUCUGAAGGAUCAGUCAAUGGGGAUACAGUAGAAACAGCGAGCAGUUCUAAUCAAGAAGAUGACGAGCCCAAAGAAGCCUGGAUGCGAGCACCAGCGGGCGGAGUAGCAGUGAAAAGUGGAGAGGAUGCGCUACUGACAUGUGUGGUCCUCGGAGCGAGAGGAAGACCUGUGCUUUGGAAACGAGCGAGAGAUCUCGAAGUUCUAACGGCGGGUGGUGUGAGAGUCACUAGGGAUGAAAGAGUACAAGUUCUACAUGAUGAUUCGGAUGAACCAAUUCGAGGGCCGGGUAUCAUGAAGGGCGGAGACGUGUGGGCGCUCGUCAUAAAGUCAGUCAAACCGUCCGACGCAGGUCUCUACAUGUGCGAGCUAAACACAGAACCGCCAGUCAGGAGUUUCCAUAAACUAACUGUAAUAUCAAGAGGACUAACACCGCCAGAAAAUCAAAAUGCGACAGACACUUAUUCAGCCAACAUUCCAUCAAUGGGAAGAGCCCUAAUUUCCCACAACUACACAGAGUGUUGUGUAUCAGCAAAUGUUACAAAAAGCUGUUUGGGCUAUUGCAGCAUACAGAGUAUCCUUGACGGACCUGGAGCAGAUCCGGAAUCUUGCCAAGCUGAUUUCCCUGCUAUAGUCAAAUGUAUGGCUGAUGGACGUAACCACGUGCCCUGCUGCAUUCAAGAACAUAUACCAGAUAUCUGUCAAGAUGUCUGCCGAGGAGAGUACUCACCAGUAACAGAUAAUAUCAAAACCCAUUACUCGUGCGCCGCGUCCAUGGAGAAAACUUUAGCCUGCAUUGUUGAAGGAAUUGAGCUACUUCCAAGUCCACCGGAAGACGUUGAAGUCGAACCUCUCAACGAGAAACAAUUGAACGUAUCAUGGUACCCUCCAACAGAGAACGCGGAAUCAGUGACCGAAUACGUAGUCAACGUGACAACCCUACGAUCCUUUGACUCACAUUUGAUUGAUUCAUCCGAAAGUUCGUUGAAGAGCGAUUCAAAUAAACUCCAAUCAAUUACAUUCAAAGUACCCUCAAAUAAAACAUUCCUGGUGUUGAAUGACCUUGUGCCGUUUACGAUGUACGAGAUAACGGUUACAUCGUACAAUAUUCACGGUUCGAGUCUACCGAGCUACGGAAUCAGGUCGUUAACAUUAACUCCCGGUAAGAUGAGGUCCACUGAAGUGGCGUCAGCGCCCAAACUCCCGGAUGUUAGAAGUUGUUGUGUAAACGCAGGAGUUAACCAUUAUGGAUGUGUUGACAAACUCUGUGAUCCAACCAAAACUUUCGAAAUCGGGGUGACAGACCUGAUGAUCUGCGCCCCCUGGGCUGGAACCACAUUCGGCUGCCUCGCCAAUGGGUUGGACCACACUCCCUGCUGCCGGUCCAGAGGUCUGCCAGAUACCUGUUUACCGCUAUGCAGCGGAAAUAUAACAAGUUUGGACUUUAAUCAUUUCAAAUGCCUUCGCUACAUUUCCUCCUACACCAACUGUCUUCUGCAAGGCUACGGGGUCCUACCCGGCCCCCCGUCUCGUCUCCACCUCACCAACAUCGACACGGACUACGCAGUGGUACACUGGGCGCCACCAGCGGCUCUCGCCGAUACUGUACAGUAUUAUAACUUGCAUUACAAGUCUUUGGCAUCGGAAGAGGAUUACAGGACCUUGGGAAGGAUUCAAUCGCCGUUUAUCCUGGAAGACCUGGAAUCGAACACAGACUACGAGAUCUUCGUGGACGCGGUCAAUGAGCACGGAGUUGGCGAAGCGUCACCGAGACUUAUAUUUAGGACUCAGAGUCAAAUGGUAGAAGAAGAAGAAGUAAACGCAAAUGCGUACAAUAUAACAGCUUGCUGUGAACGAGUCCAGCUCUCCAGCGUGUGUAUGCCGCUCUGUUCGUACGACGCCAAGAUGUCUGACCUGCGGACACUCGCGCCGCUGUGCGAACAGGAGUUUAGCAAGCUCGUGAGAUGUGGGGCUGGUGGCCGCAACCACGCGGCGUGCUGCGCGCGGCGCGGCGUGCCGGCGGCGUGCCGCGGCGCGUGCGCGGGCGCCGCCAGCGGCCUGCUGUACUCCUGCGUCGCCUACGUCGGGAACGUCGUGCAGUGCUUCGAGGAAGGCACCGACCUCCUCCCUGGUCCUCCUCGAGAAGUCCACGCGGUCGUCUCUCACGACAAGCUGUUCCUGGACUGGUCCGCGCCAACAGAUGGCGCCAACGCCACAUCCUACACGGUGCACUGGCAAAAAGUUGGCAACAACACUCUACCCUACUACUACAAUAGCGUGCAGUUGGAUAAUGAAAUGAAUGUGACGCAAACAAUGGCUCGUAUUGAGGAUCUAGAAGUCAACAGCACCUACCACCUGUUUGUGGUGGCGGUGAACGAGCACGGCUCCUCGCUGCCGUCCAGUAUGCUGCUCAUCAACAUUACUGAAGACAUAGAAAACAGGGAAGUGUCCGGUAUCCCGUCGCCGCCGCACUCGCUGUCCGUGUCCGCGCACUCCGCCACGUGGCUGGCGCUGAGCUGGCAGCCGCCGCAGUUCGCGCUGCCGGACGAGAAGAUCUCCUACACUCUGUACUUCAAGAUGCCAAGUCAAACGAACCAGGGUAACGUCACGAAGAUCUCCACCUCGGUGACAGGACACACGCUGGAGAAACUGACGCCAAACACCCAGUAUGUCGCGUGGGUGAAGGCUCACUCAGACGCCGGAGACUCGUUGCCUUCAGAGACUUUGCUCGCGUGGACUGAUCCCGCUUACCCUGCAUUUGUCGAGCCGCCAACAAUAAACCCAGUCAACUUGGUGGUGGAACACUCCAGCAUGACCAUAUUGUGCAUUGCGAUGGGAACACCCACACCAACGAUCUCCUUAUAUAUUUCUGGCCGGCUCGUCCGCCAGGAGGUGUCGCGCCACAUGGUGACGGUGGUCCACAACGUGACCAGGGACAUGGACCUCAUCUCGUGCUACGCGGACAACGGCUACGGCACCCCGAUGCAGGCCUCGAGGAAGAUCAAUAUAUCGCAUAUACCAUCAAUUCAAGCCUCUGGUAUCACAAUGGCUGCAGCCGGUGACUCAGUGAUCCUGGAGUGCAGGGUUGAAGCAUUACCCAAACCCACAAUUGCUUUCUGGAGGGACGCUAAUGGACGAACACCAGUCAUCGAUGGACCUAACUACACCAUACAGUUGCUGUCGGACCCAGAGGAUCAAACAAAAUAUACAAUGCGGUUGAUAAUAAAGAAAAUAAGCAAAGCAGAUGAAGGAGAUUACUUCUGUCACGCCGAGAACGCCUUCGGAAAAACUUUGAGACCGGUGUCCGUUCGACUUCGGUCAAGCAACCCUCAUCACAACGUCACCGAAUGCUGUACUCAGAUGAAUGUUUCAUCAGCGUGCAUCGAUGCGUGCAGCUUCCAUUUAGAUAUGGACAACAUUAUGGACCGACCUGAAUGCAUGAAUGACUUCGACAAGCUCAUGAAGUGUGCAGCUGAUGGAUCUGACCACCGAAGCUGCUGCGCUUCCUGGGGCGUCCCUCGCAACUGCCUAGAGCUGUGCCGCGGGGGGCCGGCCUCCAGGGCCUGUGCGCUGCAACACGCCAGGCGGGCUCUAGCCUGCUUCAGAGACUCCGGCGCCAAGAUGCCUGGCCCGCCGAGGAACUUGAAGGCACAUGUUGCGCCUACACCUAAUGCUGUUCUUCUAAGCUGGGAGCCACCACGCAAAAAUCCAGAUACUGUAUACCUAUACCGAGUAUUCUGGCGAGCGUAUGGAGCCAAGGUACCGGAAAAGCUGGACACCAGCGAGACGAGUGUGGUCCUUACAGGAUUACAAGAUGAUGUUAAAUACGAAUGCGUCGUAAAAGCAGCUAAUGAUGUUGGUACAUCAUCUCUCAGUCAACCUAUAAUGUUCACAACAGCCGGCCAGGAAACUGACACUGCCGCAGCUCCGGUGUCUACUUCAGGAACAGCUUCAGCUGUUGGUGUGGCGGUAGCUUGCAUAUUGGUAGCCGCUAUACUCCUGGCUGCAGGAAUGUAUUACAGACAUAGAAAGAACCUCAGAUUAAAAGCACAAGGUGGAGUCGCAUUUGAGAACCCUAGCUACCUCCGCGAGCCGAACCCAGACAGCGGCAUAAAUGGCACAAUGCCAAACGGCACAGCGAACGGUGAAAACGGCGUCCCAAACGGAAUAUCAAACAGCGCAGCUUGGAGACAGGAGACCCAGAGCCCCGGGACCGCGCUGGCGUCGGCGCGGGAAGUCGACCCGAGCCUGUACGAGGAGCUGAAGCUCGGGCACGACGGCGCGGGCUUCAAGCGCCUGAAGCCGUAG